UCUGCUUCUUACCGGUGCUAGUCUCAUUUCGCUUAUAAUCAUUUUGCCGGUUCGUCAUUGAACACUCGAACACUUUUUGACAAAGUUUAUCAGGCAGAUCUGACUUAAUAUUGUACAUGCAGUAUAGAAUACAAUCGAUGAUUCAGGUGUGAUGAUUCAAGUGUAUGACCAUAAGCAUCGAGAAAGUGCUGUUAAUACCACGAGAAAGUGUAAUAUAAGUCUACGCAGAUAUCAAUAAGAGAAUGGAGAAACUAAUAGGACAUUAUUGAAAAAUAAAUACAAAAAUGUAUGCAAGUGACGAAUUAAUUCUCACGUUGACAGCCAUGAUAAUUAUUACAAAGAUAUUCUUGUGAUGAUAUCUGCAAAUGUGUCACCUAACAGAUUUGAACGAUGUUGAAAUGUCACAUGUAGUUACAACUAUAGUUUGUUGGAUUAUGUAAGCUGUUGUCAAAGAGCAAAAGAAAAAGACUGAUUUAAUUUUGCAUACGCACGUCAAGUCGAGUGGAAAUCCCAAGACCUUAAUAUUUUAUUAAAAAACUACACUACGAUAAAGAAUAAGCAAGAAGAAAAGAACAACUUACAUGAGACUUAUUUGUUCUACUAACGCUUGAAAGAAUAAUUGUCGGAUGACAUGCAUUUAGAUAUCAUUUGGACUACUGAUGUUUGGCGGUGGAAAUAAAUGGAAAUGGCUUCAAUAUUGACCAAUUUAUUCGGCACUUCUGUUCUUGGAUUCAGUUUAAUUCCACUUUUAGCAAUCGGUCUUACUGUAUAUAAAUACAACAGUCUCGAUCCAGAAUCACACCCAGAAAAUACACAAGAGUUGCUGCAAAUAUACGAUUUCAUAGUGAUUGGAGGUGGAAGCGCAGGUGCCGUGAUCGCCUCGAGAUUGUCAGAGAUAGCUAAUUGGACAGUGUUACUCUUAGAAGCUGGCGAUGACGAAAACGAAAUUUCGGAUAUACCCUUGCUUGCCGGAUAUACUCAGCUCUCAAAAUUUGAUUGGAAGUAUCAAUCCUCACCAUCUACCACCUAUUGUCUCGCUAUGGUAGGUGACAAGUGUAAUUGGCCACGCGGCAAAGUUCUGGGAGGAAGCAGCGUUCUCAACGCUAUGAUUUAUGUUCGUGGUAAUCGACACGAUUACGAUAAUUGGGCUCGAUUAGGUAAUAAUGGAUGGAGUUAUGAGGAAGUGCUUCCAUAUUUUCUCAAAUCCGAAGAUAAUCGAAAUCCAUACUUAACAAGAACACCUUAUCAUGAAACAGGAGGUUACCUGACUGUACAAGAACCACCCUGGAGAAGUCCUUUGGCAAUCGCUUUCUUGCAAGCUGGGCAAGAAAUGGGCUACGAGAAUCGCGAUAUAAACGGAUUCAAUCAAACUGGUUUCAUGUUGUCGCAAGCAACGAUUCGUCGUGGCAGUCGAUGCUCGACGGCGAAGGCUUUUCUACGACCGGUAAAAAAUCGAUUGAACCUACACAUAGCGAUGCACACUCAGGCUUUAAAGGUGCUCUUUAAUGCCGAGAAGAGAGCAAUAGGCGUAACAUUUCUUCGCGAUGGAAAACAAGGAAUCGUGAGAUGCAGAAGAGAAGUCAUCUUAUCCGCUGGCGCGAUUAAUUCGCCUCAAUUGCUUAUGCUGUCUGGAAUCGGUCCCAGCGAACACUUGACUGAGUUUGGCAUACCAGUGAUAUCCGAUCUACGAGUUGGAGAUAAUCUUCAAGAUCACGUAGGUCUUGGUGGACUCACUUUUCUUGUGAACGAGCAAAUCACUUUGAAGAGGGAACGCUUUCAGACAUUUUCGGUGAUGCUCGAAUAUAUCGUAAAAGAGAAAGGACCUAUGACCACACCGGGAGUCGAGGGACUGGCUUUUCUUAAUACCAAAUAUGCCAACAAAUCUGGUGAUUACCCAGACGUGCAAUUUCAUUUCGCGCCAAGUUCCGUCAACUCGGACGGCGACCAAAUAAAAAAAAUCACCGGUCUAAAAGAUCGAGUGUAUAAUACUAUGUAUAAACCUUUGCGUAAUGCUGAAACCUGGUCAAUUCUACCGCUUUUGCUGCGGCCCAAGAGCACAGGGUGGAUUAGGUUGAAGAGUAAAAAUCCCCUGGUUCAGCCGGAAAUUAUUCCUAAUUAUUUCACACACAAGGAGGAUAUAGAUGUUCUCGUGGAAGGAAUCAAGUUAGCUCUGCAGGUAUCUAACACCAGCGCAUUUCAACGAUUCGGCUCGAGACCUCAUACUAUUCGCAUGCCGGGUUGUCACAAAUAUGCAUUCAAUACGUAUGAAUAUUGGGAGUGCGCUUUGCGACAUUUUACCUUCACAAUUUACCAUCCAACGAGUACUUGCAAAAUGGGGCCGCAGAGCGAUCCUACGGCUGUCGUGGAUCCUCGAUUAAGGGUUUAUGGAGUUAAAGGUCUUAGGGUCGUUGAUGGUUCCAUAAUGCCGACCAUUGUCAGCGGCAAUCCGAAUGCGCCGAUUAUCAUGAUCGGCGAAAAAGCCAGCGAUAUUAUCAAGGAAGACUGGCGGGUAAAAAAAAAGCGAAGUGUUGAAAGGGAACGAACAAGAUUUUUUUUGUCGAAAUAAAAUUAAGAUUUAAUUUCGCAUUUUUUAGAUAUAAUCAAAAUUAUCGUGUGUGGAAAAACUACUAAUUUAAAAAAAUUUUUUUGUUAUGUAUAACGUUAUUUUAGUUUUUUAAAGUUCUUUCGUUAAUUUUUUUUACUUAUGUGAAUCUAAUAGAGAUCUUUCCCCCUUUUUUUCUCUCCCUCCUUCCUUCCCAUCACUUCCUCUUUCUUCAUUUCUGUUUGUCUUUCUCUCACCUUUUCACCCUCAUUUUCUUUAUGCACAUGCAUGUAUGUGAAGAACUGUGUUAUAAUGUUUUAAAUAUAUGUGAAAAUCUAAAGAUACAUUUAUAAGAAAGAUCAAUAUGCUGUUUAAUGCUUA